AUGGCAGACUCCCGAGACGACUACCGCGAUCGCAGGCGCUCCCGAUCGCCAUCCAACGUUUCCACCCGGGACCGCGACCGCGAUCACGAUCGGCCCCGAGCGCGCCACGACAAAGACAGCACCAGCAGCCGCCGAAGCCACGAACACCGCAGCCACAGGUCGCGCAGAGACCGAGACCCCAGCCCGCGGAGACGGCGGCGCGAGCGCUCUCGUGGCCCACCCGGCCGCAGCAGCCACAGGCGAGACCACUCGCGGCGGCGCGAGCGUCACCGACAUCCAGAAGAAGAAGACUCCGACGCGGACGCCCGCCGGGAACGGAGAGCACACCGACACAGACGACAUCGCAGAGAAGAGUCUGUCUCGUCUGCUUCCUCCACUGCACGCCGCUCACCAAAGAGAGAGAGACAGAGAUCUAGUCGACGGAGCCGGUCUCGCAGCCCUAAAGGAGACAACCAGCCGCGGUCGAGGGGUCCCCUCCCCUCGCAGCAAGACGCCUUCACAACUACCUCUGGUGGAGCAGUCGCAGCAGACCCGGACGCGCCACCCCCCGUGGAAAAGGAGAAGCCCAACUACGGCAACACGGGCCGUCUAGCAGCCGAGAGCAACACGGUAGAGGUAUCCGGUGGCGGCUCCGUAGUGCUAAAGUACCACGAGCCGCCCGAGGCGCGGAAACCGCCUCCCAAGGACGCGUGGCGGCUGUAUGUGUUCAAGGGCGAGGACCUGCUAGAGGUUGUGGAGCUUGGAGGCCGCAGUUGUUGGCUGGUGGGACGGGAUCGGCUGGUGGUUGACUUCCCGCUGGACCAUCCGAGUUGCUCGAAGCAGCAUGCGGCGAUCCAGUUUCGGUUUGUGGAGAGGAGGAAUGAGUUUGGGGAUCGCGUGGGUAGGGUUAGGCCUUAUUUGAUUGAUUUGGAGAGCGCGAAUGGGUCGAGUGUUAAUGGGGAAGGGGUGCCUGGGGGACGGUACAUUGAGGUUAGGGAUAAGGAUGUGUUGAAGUUUGGGAUGAGUGGGAGGGAGUAUGUGCUUAUGUUGGCGCGACCGGAUUGA